GAAAGAUUUUUCAGAAUGAUUCCUUCUUUACAAAGUAGAGUAAUCUAUGGGUUGAAGACUGAUAUAAUUUCAAAUGCCCAUUACAUUUCGGAUUCAGAAAUCUUAUAUCCUGUUGGAAAUGUAAUAGCAAUUCAUAAUAUUCCCCAAUUUGAACAAAAAUUAAUACGAUUACCUGAUAAACAACAAAUAAAUAUAAUUGCAGUUUCACAUAAUAAGAAAUUUGCUGCAGUAUGUGAAGUUGGAGAAAAACCUACAAUAUCUGUUUAUGAUCUUCAAACAUUAAAAAGAAAAAAACUUCUUGGAAUACCAUAUGAUGCUUCUGAUGUAACAAGAUUUACUUGCAUAGAAUUUACUUUUGAUAAUAAAUAUAUAGUAGCAGUUACAGGAGAACCUGAUCAAAAUAUGCUUUUUUACAAUUGGGAAAAAGGAAAAGUAGAAUCCAGUUUAAAAGUAGGCAUUCCUCAGGAUCCAUCGGCUAUUGUAGAAGUAUUAUCUUGUAAUCCAUCAGAAGCAGGAAUAGUUGCACUUGGAGGUCUACGCAUAUUUAAAUUCUUAACUCUUUCUGAUUCUAUAUGGCGGCCAUAUGGAUUUUCUAAAGCAGAUACUAUAUUUACAUGCUCUAUGACUUGGUUGAAUUCAGAUAGAUUAUUGCUUGGAACUCUGGAUGGUAGAAUACUCUAUUUAGAGAAUGGUGAUUUAAAAAAUAUUUAUAAAAUGACUGAUACAGUAUCUAUGAAUCUUAAAAUUCGUGAAGAAUAUGUUAUUCAAGCAACUAGUUCAUUAAUAGCUUUAGAGUCAAUAAAACGAAUACCAUGGGAAAAUAAUAUUCGUUGUUUAAUUGCAUUUCAAAGAGGUUUUGCAUUUGCUUUCGGGGCAAGAACAAUUAUACUUUUUGAAAAAGAAGGUCCACAUAAAUAUAUAAAAAGAAAUAUUUAUAUAAUUCCAACUCAACCAUCAAAAGAAAAAAAUGAAGAGUUAUAUCAAGUUAAUAGUAUAAAUAUUAAUUUAAGUAUAGAUCGUUUGGUAAUUACAACUGGUUGGCCUCAAUUAUUUUAUGCAAGAUUAUGGGGUCCAGAUUUAAAUGUAGAUCCAGAACCACAAGAAUUAAAAAUUAUAGGUCAAACAUUGCAUUUUGGACCCAUAAUUGAUAUCUCUGUGUGUGCUUGGAAAUCAAUUUUUAUGACUUGUGGACAAAUUGACCACAGUGUAAGAUUAUGGGAUUUUGAAUCAAAAAGUUUAAUUUUAUAUAAACAAUAUGCAGAAGAUAUUUGUGGAAUAGCUUUGCAUCCUACUGGUCUUUUUUGCUUAAUUGGUUUUAGCGAUAAAUUACGUUUUAUGAGUAUAUUAAUUGAUGAUUUUUUACCUAUGGAAGAAUUUUCUAUAAGAUGUUGCAAUACAGCAAAAUUUAGUCAUGGUGGUCAUUUAUUUGCCGCUGUUAACGGAAAUAUUGUACAAGUUUAUUCUACUAUUGGUUUUGUUAACAUAUUUAUUUUAAAGGGCCAUACCAAUAGAGUGAAAAGAAUAUUAUGGUCACAAACAGAUACAAAACUAUUUACAUUAGGUGCAGAAGGUACUAUUUAUCAGUGGGAUACAAAUACUGGUCGUCGUUCUGCUGAGAUAAUUUUAAAAGGAAUUACUUUACAUGAUAUUGCUCUUUCUGCUGAUGAACAAGUUGUUUUUUGUAUUGCUGAUGAUAAUAUUGUACACGAAAUAAAAGAGAAUAUGAUACGAAAAUAUCAUUUUCCGGAUGCAAAUGCAUAUUUCAUGAUAUUAGGAAAAGAAGAUCAAGCUUUUUUCUUUGUUUCUCCUGGUGGUUUCAUUUUAUCAAUAAAAUGUCCAAUACAAGAACCAAUACAUUCUCUAAGUUUUCAUAUUCAUUCUGCUGAUAUUACAAAGAUUGCUCUUUCUUAUAAUGAACAAUACUUAAUAUCUGUUAGUAUAGAUGGUAGUUUAUGUAUUUGGAAAAUAAUUUAUCCUGAAGGAAAAGGAAAAAUUGGAAAAGAGAUUGCAUAUACAAAUGAAGUAUUAAUUAAUAAAGAUGAUCUACAAGAAAAAAUACAAACGAUUAUAGACUUGAAUGUUAGGAUGAGAGAAUUGGAAACUGAACACGCAUAUAAAAUGCGUCAAAUAGACGUAAUACAUAAUGAUAAAGUUAGGGACAUACAUCAAGGUUAUUGCGAAGCUAUUGAAGAAUUAAGAGUUAAAAUAAGUAGACUUCAGGAAGAUCACAAGAACGAAUUGAAUACAAUAAAUGUAGAAAUACUUAAAAUGAAAGAAGAACACGAAGACACAAUGAAACAAAUGGAAACGAAUUAUAAUGCUAAACUUAUUACAGAAUAUGAUAGAUAUUUAGCACUUGAAAAUUCAAUGAAUCUCAUGCGACAAAAUUAUGAAAAACGUUUAGAAGAAGUAGAAAGUCAUGGUGUUGAAGAAUUACAAAAAGCAACAACUAAAUAUGAAGUUCUCCUUCAUGAGAAGAAAUUACAAUUAGAAGAAACUAAAGAUGAAAUGAUUCAACAGAUACGAGUACACGAACAAAUGAUGACGCAAAUAGAAGAUGACGCUGAUAAAGAAAUAUUAGAAUUGAAAACAAAUUAUGAAACAUUUUUACAUGAAGAAAAACAGAUAAAUAUACGGUUAAAAGGAGAGACUGGAGUAUUACGCAAUAGAUACAUAUCUAGUUUGAAAGAUGUUGAAGAAUUGAGAAGACAAGUACAACGAUUUCAGAACGAAUAUGGAUAUUUUCAGAAAACUAUUCAAGAAUUGGAAAGAGAUAAAGAUGAUCUAAAAACAGAAAUAAAUGAAAGAGAUACUACGAUUCAAGAUAGAGAACGUCAGAUAUACGAAUUAAAACGAUCGAAUCAAGAAUUGGAAAAGUUUAAAUUUGUUUUGAAUUAUAAAAUUAUAGAAUUGAAAAAUCAAAUAGAACCGCGAGAUCGAGAAAUUAAAGAGCUUAAAGAAAAAAUUCGAGAUAUGGAGACAGAACUUGUAAACUUACAUAAAACUACUAUCAGUUUAGAAUUGCAAUUACAUGAAUUGAGAGAAAAAUUAGGAGCUUCAAGGCGUGAACUUCAAUAUGAAAUACAUCGAAAUAAAAGAUGUCAACAACUUUUGAAAAAAAUACGAAUAGAUUUGCUCGACGCUUCGGGACUUGUGCAAAAUCCACAGGCGUUAAAAACUGCUAUAACAAAAUUAUAUCAUAAGUAUAGUUCAAGCGAUGAAUUUUUGCGUACUCGUAAAGCUGAUUUAGAUGCUCAAUGUGAAUUUAUAAAGCAGAGGGAUCAUUUAGAGAGAACAAUAGCUUCUCUUAGAAAACAAGUUUUCCAGGACAAAGAAAUCAGUGGUAAAGAUAUAGAUAAAACGGUGGAAGAAAAUAUUAUUUUAAUUACAGAAUUAAAUGCUUUAAGAGAAGAAUUAAAAGAUGCAAGAAAACAUAUUAUACACAUGGAAAGUCUAUUAGGUUACAAAUCGAAAGAUAUGAGAUCAUCAGAAGCAAAGAAGAAAAUGGAAGAAGCAUGUUAUGGACAUGAAAAAUUGCGAAUUGAAUACAAGACUCAAAUGCAAGAAUGUCAAAAUAUAAUAAUUGCUUUAAAAGAAGAUAUGUAUAAGUUGAUAAGCAAGAUGCCUUGUGAAGAACUAGAAACAAAAAUAACAUUUUAAAUACGCGUAUCAUAUAAAAAAA